AUGAGUGGAAUCGCAAACGCGUGUCUGUCGUGCCUGUCGGCCGUCGACCGCUGGUGUCACAUCACGGCUUGUCUCGGACCCAUCGGAGCUCGCUCACGAGAUGGCAUCUACGAAACCACCUUGGCCGACAACGAACGGGAAGCAGUAUCAGACCUGCUGGGCUAUUUGGAAAACCGUGCCGAGACCGAUUUCUUCUCGGGCGAGCCUCUUCGAGCUUUGAGCACCCUUGUGUAUUCCGAGAAUGUCGACCUGCAACGAAGCGCGAGCUUGACAUUCGCUGAAAUCACCGAGCGAGAUGUACGGGAGGUCGACCGUGAUACGCUGGAACCCAUUCUGUUCCUCCUCCAGAGCUCAGAUAUCGAGGUUCAACGGGCUGCCAGUGCAGCACUCGGCAACCUCGCGGUGAAUGCGGAGAACAAGGUCUUGAUCGUCGCCUUGGGGGGGCUGGCUCCCCUGAUCCGCCAGAUGAUGUCGCCCAACGUCGAGGUACAGUGCAAUGCAGUCGGGUGCAUUACCAACUUGGCGACACACGAGGAAAAUAAAGCCAAAAUCGCUCGUUCGGGAGCUUUGGGCCCUUUGAUCCGCCUGGCCAAGUCGAAGGAUAUGCGUGUGCAGCGUAAUGCAACAGGCGCACUGCUCAACAUGACGCAUUCCGAUGAUAACCGCCAGCAACUGGUCAACGCAGGCGCGAUUCCCGUGCUUGUCCAACUGCUGUCAUCCCCCGACGUCGAUGUACAGUACUAUUGUACGACUGCGCUCAGCAAUAUCGCCGUCGACUCGACCAACCGCAAACGCCUGGCUCAAACCGAGUCCCGGUUGGUACAGUCUUUGGUCCACCUCAUGGACUCAUCUACUCCCAAGGUGCAGUGUCAAGCAGCGCUCGCCCUGCGCAAUCUCGCCUCCGACGAGAAAUAUCAGCUCGAGAUCGUUCGAGCGAAAGGCCUCUCCCCUCUCCUGCGCCUUCUGCAAUCGUCCUAUCUGCCCCUUAUCCUCUCCGCCGUUGCCUGUAUUCGAAAUAUCUCUAUUCACCCAUUGAACGAAUCUCCGAUCAUCGAAGCGGGCUUCCUGAAGCCUCUGGUGGACCUGUUGGGCACAACAGACAAUGAGGAGAUCCAGUGCCAUGCCAUUUCCACACUCCGCAAUCUCGCGGCCAGUUCCGAUCGCAACAAAGAACUCGUCCUGCAGGCCGGUGCAGUUCAGAAGUGCAAGGACCUGGUUCUGCGGGUGCCCCUCACCGUCCAAUCUGAAAUGACUGCAGCGAUUGCGGUGCUGGCGCUUAGUGACGAGCUCAAGUCGCAUCUCCUCAACCUCGGGGUGUUUGAUGUCUUGAUCCCGCUGACCAACUCUGAGAGCAUCGAGGUGCAAGGCAACAGUGCAGCUGCUCUGGGCAACCUCUCGUCGAAAGUGGGUGAUUACUCCAUCUUUGUGCGUGACUGGGCGGACCCCAACGGAGGCAUUCACGGAUAUCUUCAACGCUUCCUUGCCAGCGGAGACCCAACCUUCCAGCACAUUGCCAUCUGGACACUCCUGCAACUGCUCGAGUCCGAGGACAAGAAACUGAUCGGAUACAUCUCCAAUUCGGAAGAUGUCGUACAAAUGGUCAAGUCGAUCUCCGAUAAGAACAUUGAAUCUGACGAGGAGGAUGGAGAUGACGGCGAGGCUGAGGUCGUAGCGCUCGCCCGGCGGUGCCUCGAGUUCCUCGGGGCGGGACCCAAGCAGACCCUUGUUGAAGCCUGA